AUGGAGAGCAGAUUCGGAGGAUUCUCCGUGAAAUUCCAAAAGCCGAAGGUAAGUGCGGGCCAUUCCCUAGUAAAAAGUUCACAAAAUGACGCGUGAAGACACAACAAAACGUUGGCAGAUAGAGAGUAGCCGAAAAAGGUGUAAAGAAAACUGGUUUUUCACUGAUUUUUGCGCGGACACAAGAAGAAGAAGAAGAAGAAGAAGAAGAAGAAGAAGGUCUUCGUUUUCGAAUUCUCGACGUCGCUGUUGUGAUUUGGCGAAAAACGCGCUCAAAAGUGACCAAUUUGAGGGUGUUCCGGUUCGAAUCGCACUGAAAUUGGGCAGCGAUGGAUGGUAGAUCAAAAACAAAUAUUAGAAACGAGAUGUUUGCGCGUCUGAAAAUAUGUAAGAUGAAACGAAUUGUUGUUGGCUGGAAAUGUAAACUCAAAAAACUCCGAUCAAACAACAGCUGCACUUUUGAACCACUUGCAACGAUCCGAUCGGACCAAAACUUUGCAGAAUUGUUGCACUUGGAUUGAGGGCCAUUGGGACCAAGUUUCAGCCCGAUCGAAUCCGGCUGAAACUUGGUCCCAAUGGCUCUCAAUCCGUGUCCAAGAAGCCCGCAAAGUUUGGUUCCGAUCGGAUCAUUGCAAGUGGUCCAAAGACCGUCCGAUUUUGUCCAAUUUCCUAUCCACCCGGCGGCGGAAACGUCUUCUUCUUCUUCUUCUUCUGCUUUUUUUGCCGGGUCCCUUAUCGGCGGGCGCCCGGUCCGAAAAGUGUCAAAGACGACGCGUGUCCGCCAGACACAUUCAUCAUCAUCGGGAGGAACCAGACACGAAGCGUUUUUUUUCGAUCUCAAAUUAGAGGAAGGUGGGAACGAGAUAUGAUGCUGAUUCGAAUGGAUAUUAUCCGCGUUUUGAUUAUUGCAUUCCAUUCCGAUUGUCUCCAGUGUCCAUCCUACUCUAUUACAGUACUUUUGCUUAAUUCCCCACGCACGGAACCCCCCAAGCAUUCCAAUGCGAAAGCGAGUUGUCAAUGGGGCGCGCUUGCAUCCACCGUCGACUCGCAGUUUCCAUUUUCAAUUGAAAACCAGAAUUCGUUCGUUUUUCUCCUAAUAAACACUCAAAUUUUGUUCUUUGCGAACCGUAGGGCGAUUGUCUGAGUUAAAAGCAUCGAUUUAAGCGCGAAACGGAGCCGUGUCGUUCAGAAUUGACAAAAUUGAGGGAUUUUGUCGAAAACUACUGAAAAAAACGGGAGUUUUAACGAUUAUUUGCCGAAUCGAGUUCCAGUCAACAAGGAGUUUACUGCGCGCAUCUUUUAAGCGCUCAACCGUCGAAAACUACAGAAUUGAGAUAAUUGAGGCAAAUUUUCGAUUCCAAAAGGAAAAAAUUCCGUAAUUUUCACAUAAAACGUUUCGAAAUUGAUGACGAAGCGGUUAAAAUUUCAUUUUUUAUUCAUUUCUAAUCAUUAUUAUAAGUUUUGACACUGAUUGCUUCUGAAAAGAUGGGGAUAAUGCAAAAAAAACGGGAAAAUUGAAAUGAGAAACUCUACAACGACGCUCCGAAAUUACGCGUUACGCGCCUUGUUUAGCGUACGUGAAUUGCGUGCCAACGGAAUUUUUGAUUUGAAGGCUCGCGUUCCGUGAACCGUUUGAGUUUCUGAAGCCGCAAACUACAGAAGCGUAGCCACAUUUAGCCACAUUUAGACUGUCUGACGGCUACUAAUUCCGGCUAAUUCGGGUGAUUGGGUCUUUCUGGUCUUACGGUGAACUGUGUGGAUUUAGCUGGAAAGUUUGCCAAACGAAAGCACAUUUCUCAAUGUAUUUGGCGACCGAAUUUGCAUAAGAAUAACGAUCAGAAUCAGCGAAAAAUGGUGACAAGUGUAGCUUUUGGAAGUUGAAAUCAUAGGUAAACUUCAAAAAGCUACAGUACUCGAGGGGUUGAUUGUACAAGAAAGUUGUCAAGUGCAAAAAUGAAGCUCAUGAGUGGUACUAUAUUUUUGUAGUUGACAACUAUUCUCUCAAAUCAUUCCCUAAAGUAUUGUAGCUCUUGGAAGUUGGCAAUUUCGGGGCCAACUUCCAAGAGCUACCGUAGUCUUCGGAGUGACUGCACACAAAAGUUGUCGACUACAAAAAUAAAGUAGGAGACGUGAAGGUUUCACAGCUCAUUUUUCAAGACGCUACGGCAUCUCCAGACCCUACAAUAGCCAUUUUCCAGCAGAAUGUCAAAGAUUUCAUUCCAUUUUUUUUUGGGAUCACACAGCUUCUGGUUCCUCUAGUUUCCCGCUCAAAAAAGCCCCUUAACAAGUGCAAAUUAGCCGCCCGCUUCUUCGUUUUUUGUACCCUCCUUUUCGUCGUUUCCUCUAAUCCCAUUAAAGACCCAGACGGACCACCCAUGCCGAAAAAAGUGAGCGGAUGAUAUAAAAGUGUGCGUGUGUUUUAGAAAACGCAUUUUUGGAACGUGUGCUGUAGCCCUAGGUCUAGAAUUUUUUUUGUCAAAUCUUGACAUCUAGUACUGUAUUUUUGCAGUUGACACUUUUGUUGUACGACCACGCGCUGGAGUACUGUAGCUCACGGAAGAUAGCGUUGCAAAACGAGCGCUUUUGCAACUCACACAACUUUCAAGCGCUACAGUACUCCACGCAAUGAUUGUACGGAAAAGUUGUCAACUACAAAACUCGAGUACUAGAUGUCAAGGCCUCGCAAAAAAAUUUUGGGAGCCAUGCGACGUUUUCGAACUCUACAAUAUCCGAUAAUAGCAGCGCGCCAGUCCAAAAAGUCACCCAUCCGUCCGAUUUUAUGUGUCUGUAAGACGUUUAUUUCCGUUUCUAUUUUCAUUUCGAUGACCCAUCUCCCAGAUUAGUCACAGACCUCCUUUUUAUGCACUUUUACACGCCUUUCUUCGCUUGAUUUGAUAAGAUUUAAUUGUCAGUGAACGGUUAACGACUCUCCGAUCUCCGUCCGACCAUUUUUAUCGCUUCAGGCGCCACCAUCAUGAACUUUUUCGCUCUUCCACUCCUUCUGGUGGUCCUUGGCUCGGUCCCCAGUGGUUGGGCGGCACGCGAAGCCGCCCAAGAAAUGAAAAAGUUGCUCGGCGACUCGACGCUCCUCAUAAAUACCACACAGGCGUCGGUUCUGGAGCUCUCGAAUCAUUGGAUCGAUCAGGCGUUCUCUUCGUUAAUUGCCACUGUGGCUAAUGAAAAGUGAGUCGGGUUUGCUGUAGGCAAUACCGUACUUUUCCUGCGUUUUAUAUAGACAAACGUCUACACCAGAGAUGUUGGGAAUUCCGUGUUCCGUGUUCCGCGUUUUUUUGCAAUAUUUUUUCCGUGUUCCGUGUUCCGUAAAAAAAAAUUUCCGUGUUCCGUAGAAAUAAGUUUUUUUUUCCGUUUUCCGUGUUCCGUGUUCCGUAUAAACUAUAUUUUUCGCGGAAAAAUUCGAUCACAAAUGGAUUCCAUUUUCAGUCGUUUUUUACUGUAGUUGUUUACUGUUGUGUUGUUGGUUUUGUUAUUUUUAUGAAAUUUUCAGUAAAACUUUCACAUGAGUCAAACAGCUGCCUUGUCAGUCAGAUAAUCGAAUUAAACAAAACAUUACUAAAAAAAAAAUCACUGGAAUUCUCUUGAAAACGCUUUUUUUCCGUGUUCCGUAAAAAAAAAUUUCCGUGUUCCGUGUUCCGUGUUCCGUAGAAAUAAGUUUUUUUCCGUUUUUCCGUGUUCCGUGUUCCGUAAAAAAAUUUCCGUGUUCCGUGUUCCGUAAAAAUUUCCGUGUUCCGUGUUCCGUAAAAAAAAAUUUCCGUGUUCCGUGUUCCGUAGAAAUAGGUUUUUUUUCCGUUUUCCGUAAAAAAAAAAUUUCCGUUUUCCGUGUUCCGUGUUCCGUAGAGUAAAAUUUUUAUUCCCAACAUCUCUGGUCUACACCAGAACAUUUUGUUACUAAAAAGUUGAAUUGACAGCGUGCGGAGAGCGGGUAUUAAUCUGAAAAUUUGUUUGUUGGAAACAUGACGUCUAGUACUGUAUUUUUGUUGUUUAAACUUUUUCUGUACAAUCACUUCCUGGAGUACUGUAGGCUUUGGAAGUUAGGACUGGGGUAGUUCUAACUUCCAAGAGCUACAGUACUCUUCGGAGCGGUUGUACGACAAAGUGGUCAACUACAAAAAUAUAGUACCACUUAUGAACUUUAUUUUUCUAGUUGACAAUUUUCUUGUACAAUCACUUCCUGGAGUACUGUAGCUCUUGGAAGUCACUCAUUUCAAUAAUACGUCUUUGAUCUAAACUUUCGACAGUUUCCCCGUUCCAGAAUCGCCACAAUAUCGCAUCUGGAGACCAAAUUUCACGAAAAAUGCGUCAAGAACGUGAAAUCGAUAGAAGAGCACGCAAAGUGCGUCAGCGACCUUCUUCAAGUCUCCAAAUCUCAAGUUUCGCGUCAAGAAGGCGUCAAAAAACUGCUGAAUGCGAUAUCGGAAAACGCGUCAGCGUCGGCAUGGGUUGGCGCGUUUCGCAUUCGAAAAAAGCGGCAGACGGUGGUGAGACGGAGCGGCUACACCCUCCGAUCUCGAAAAGACGACGUGUCGCCGUUCACGGCCAUCACCAAACAAAUCACGAAGACGAUACGGGCGCUGAAGAACAAAACAGAGGAGAAGAGGCGAGUGAGGGAUUACUGUACUCUCGCCACGGUUACGGUAGCUUUCAGUUGGCGCGAAAUAAUUGUGGACGUGAAAAAGACGGGAGAAGUUAUCGAAAAACGGAAGAAGGUGAAGGAGAUGAUCGGAAAAAGUGUACGGUCCCGAGCAGCGAUGAGCCCCCGCAAACCGUUGGCGGUAAGUUGACGCACAUGUGAAAAAUAGUACGAAAAAUAGUUGUAUUAUUGAAUAGAGCGUCAAAAGUUACCCAGAACAACGUUUUUUUUCAAAAAAAGUUAUGUUUAGGGCCUAGUUUUUGUCGCUACUCGCUACUCUAAAAAUCCCUUCACUUACGACGCUUAUAUCUUGAGAACCAAUUGUUGUUUCAAAAAGUUGUCAACAGAAAAGUUGUUGCAAAUUUUAUGCUAAACAACUUUGCAGUUAAUCAUUUUCAUCCAAAAUCUGCCCUUUUUUAGUUACGGCCUGAUUCCUAAACAGUAAGACAAAAAAGCGACAGCAGUGGAUACUGUUCAAAACACAGCUUAUAACUCGAGAACGAAUAGUUUUGGAACAAAAUAGUCAACUACAAAGUUGUUGAGCAUAAAAUUUGCAACAAUUUUUCAGUUGACCACUUUUUGAAAUAAACAAUAGUGCGCAAGAUAUACCUGAAAGUAUGAGUAUAAAGUUCAGAUCGAGAACACCGAGGAUUCGAUGGAAAUGGAGAACGACGAUCCGAUUCAGAUGAAGAACGAAUCGGAAAACAAGCAGAAAAUUGACUUGGACAAGAUUUUCCGUCGGAUUCAAGACCAUCCCGAGCAGUUGCUGACCGACGAGGCGCCCAAAAUGUUGAAUAUGAGCGGACCGGGUACGGAGGCGGUCAUGAGGAUCAAGUUGAUCAGAGAAGCGGUCAAGUUGGGACUGAGUCUGGGCGGUCAGAACGUCAGCGGAUUCGAGCAGAAGAGUUUGAGGUUCGCGUCGCCACGCUUUUUUGCGAUUGCGCCCGAAGAGCACAAAAAGGACAAUGAUACGGUAGGCAGGAGUCCUAGUUUGAUACAUAUCUCAGCUAUCAUAAGAGCUAUCAAAAAGUGGUCAACUGAUAAAAUGUUCAGCAGGAAAUUGUGCACAUUUUAUCAGUUGACCACUUUUUGAUAUCUGCACUGGCUGCUCCAGAUAAACGUCCUCUCGCCCUCGCUAUUCUCUCUUCACGACGAGGGCUCGCCGGACGAGCAAAAACUGUCGAUUCCGAGUCUUUUUGGCGAAAAAAUCGUCGGAAAACAAGGAGGAUUGGGCGGCGAAAAAGACUCGUUUAUGGAUUUGCUCACCGAAAUCACGGGCGUCGCGGAUACGGUAGACGACGCCGCCCGUCAGGUGGCGCUCAAAUCGGAAGGCAUUCUGAUGAACGCGAAAGGCGACGAGAUCAACGUGAGCCGCGAGAAUGUGACGAGAAUCUAUGGCGAGGAGAAUUACCGGAAGAUGAAAGUGCUGGAGCAGUUGCACGGCAUGUACACGGACGAGCAGGCGAGGAGGAUUACUGUAGUGCCCACCAGAGAUGUUGGGAAUUCCGUGUUCCGUGUUCCGCGUUUUUUUGCAAUAUUUUUUCCGUGUUCCGUAAAAAAAAAAAUUUCCGUGUUCCGUGUUCCGUGUUCCGUAGAAAUAAGUUUUUUCCGUUUUCCGUGUUCCGUGUUCCGUAUAAACUAUAUUUUCCGCGGAAAAAUUCGAUCACAAAUUUAUCUCCGGAAAGAUUAGGACAAUUGACGUUUUGUGGUCAAAAUUUGAACAUUUUCGGAUUCGGACCAUAUUCGUGAAAAGUGGAUUCCAUUUUCAGUUGUUUUUUGACUGUAGUUGUUUACUGUUGUGUUGUUGGUUUUGUUAUUUUUAUGAAAUUUUCAGUAAAACUUUCACAUGAGUCAAACAGCUGCCUUGUCAGUCAGAUAAUCGAAUUAAACAAAACAUUAUUUAAAAAAAAUCACUGGAAUUCUCUUGAAAACGCUUUUUUCCGUGUUCCGUAAAAAAAAAAUUUCCGUGUUCCGUGUUCCGUGUUCCGUGUUCCGUAGAAAUAAGUUUUUUCCGUUUUCCGUGUUCCGUGUUCCGUAAAAAAAAAAAUUUUCCGUUUUCCGUGUUCCGUGUUCCGUAGAGUAAAGUUUUUAUUCCCAACAUCUCUGGUGCCCACCGGUUUACGGUACUGUUUUGAUUGUAGAUGGAGCAUUUCAACACGACCGGCUACGCGAUUAUGAACGAUAAACAGCGGGAGAUGGUGUACGGCGUCGGCGCGCCGUUUGACAAUAAAUAUGCGAUGGAAGCGGGCAGGAAUUUGACGAUGGCCGACGCGCGGAAAGCUCUUCAUACGGUAGGGGGUUACUGUAGUCGGUCUCCUAGUCCCAACUGAUUCGAUCGUUUAGGUAAUCCAUGAGAUCGGCAAGGGCAAUAUGAAGAUUGGAAAGUACGAGAAGAGGAUGAAGGAUAUUGUCGGCUCGCCGAUCCUCUUCUCGAGCAUCAUCGCAUCGCCGGCCACCGCCUCGCAGGCAAUCAUCCUCUCGCCGGUCCUCUUCACGCCCCUGGUAUUGUCGCCCUCAAUCUGGGGUGCCGUGAUUCUCUCGCCAUGGGUCAGUGAACUCGUACACGGCAGUCUGUGCAUUUUGGCACGCCCGUGUUGCUCUGCGUACAGUGCAUUUUAUGUUACGCGCAAAGUUCAUUUUUUUAUAGUUUUUGAUGAAUUUUCGCCAAAUAUUCAUCUCUUUAAAGCGUUUUUCUACACUUUCUACCUCAAUUAGACCUUUUUACAGAUUCCAGGUGAAGUAAUACGCGAAGAGAAGUCGAUGCGAUGAAAAGAAACGCGUAAGUAAGUGAAAGUAAGGUUUUAUUCAGAAAAUGCACGAUUUCUCGAAGAUUUUCUAAUCUUUUGGUUAAAAAAUUUUACUUACAUUUCUGAGAAUGUUUUGGAACCAAAAAGAAGCUGGCUUCCGCGGAAAAACCGAUAGUUUGCCGGAAGACAGUGAAAUUUCGUUGAAAAAAUUUUUUUUUGCUUCUACAAACUGUCACUCUACUUUUUUUCGGUUUGAAAACAUUCACAGUCAUGUAAGUGAACUAUUUAAACAAAAAAAUUAGAAAAUCUAGAGACGGUUUUUGAGAAAAAAAUUUUUAAACGAAAUCUCACUGUUUUCCGGCAAAAGACCAAUUUUACGCGAAAGCGAGCUGUCACUCUACUUUUUUUUUGAUUCGAAGACAUUCACAGUCAUGUUAGUGAACUUUUUAAAUCAAAAGAUUGGAAGAUCUAGAGACGUUUUUCGAGAAAUCGUACAUUUUCUGAAUAAAACAUUACUUCCAUUUACUUACGCGUUUCUUUUCAUCGUAUCGACUUCUCUUCGCGUAUUACUUCAUCUGGAAUCUGUAAAAAGGUCUAAUUGAGGUAGAAAGCAGAGAAAAACGCUUUAAAGAGAUGAAUAUUUGCAGAAAAUUCAUCAACACCUAAAAAAAUGAGCUUUGCGCGUAACAUAAAAUGCACUGUACGCAGAGCCACACCGACGCGCAAAAAUGCAUACCAUUUGGCUGCGCGUGUUGCGAAACCCAUAAAAAUGGUUCAGGUCUUCGUGCCCGUCAUCCUCGCGCCCCGCAUCUUCGCGCCGAUCAUCGUCUCGCCGGCCAUCUUCUCACCGAUCGUCCUGUCGCCGCUGGCGUUCGAUCCGCUCAUCCUGGUGCCAGGAAUCGCGAAUCCGCUCGUGCUGUCGCCGUUCAUCUUCACGCCGUUCGUGCUCUCGCCGCAAGUCAUGACUCCGCUCAUCCUGUCGCCGUUCGCCCUCUCGCCCUUCAUCCUCACACCCACCGCACUUUCGCCGGUGAUUUUGAGCCCGUUCGUGCUGUCGCCGUCGGUUUUGUCGCCGAGUUUCGUCACCGCCGUCGUCCUCUCGCCGUACGCCCUGUCGCCGUCGAUUUUGUCGCCGCCCACGAUGAUUUCUGUGUUCGCCUCGCCGAGUAUUUUAUCUUAG